AUGUCAAUUAGUGAGGACUGUGCGAUGCUUUAUGCUGCUGAUCACUGUGGGUAUAUCUACGUCUUUCACAUUCUUCAUUAUGCACUUCAUGGACCUGAAACACACCCUCCACAAACAUUUGCCUGUUGGAGGGCUCAUGAAUGCAAUGUUACAAGUAUUGCAUUAGUGGAAGAACAUCAGUUGCUGCUUACAUCUUCUGUGGAUUGUAGUGUGAAGCUUUGGAAUGUCAGAGGAGAGUUUAUAGGUAUUUUUGGCCAAAGCAUAUCAUGGAAUAUUCACAGCUUCAAAUCAGAAGAACAUCAGAAAGUGUUAAUGGAACAGGUUCGACCAGAAUCCAAGCAGAGCCUGCAAAGUGAUACUAAGACAAAUGAAAAGCACAAAAUUUAA